UUUUUUAAAUGAAAUAUGCUUCCCUAUGAAAUAUAAUGAAGAUAAAAUAGUUUGGUGCAAAAAAAAUUUGCAAAUUCUAUUUAUAUAUUAUUUCUCGUUCAUUAUAAAAACGUAAAUACGAGAACGAUGGCACGACGCCAUUUUGGAUUUUAGAAAGCCACACGCUUGUUGACGCUCGCUAAAACUAAGCCGAAAAUGGACUCAGAUUCGGAUUAUCAGCCUGAAACUGAUGUAGAUUCAAGUGAUGAUGAAGUCUGGGAACUCAUUGACUCUUCAGAUGAUUCAGAUGAUGAGAAUAUUCCUCCCAACAGCACUCUGAAUGCGACACAGCCAAACGUAAACUAUGGCUAUGAUGUGCUGGACACUAUGCCAGAGGCCCCAGCAAGCUUUCUUCCAGAAAGGGUCCCUGGUAUACAGCUUGACCAAGUUAGGACACGAGACUCUGCUAAACAAUUUUUCAGAGCUAUUGACUUUUUUAAACUUUAUUUUACAAUGGAUAUUGUUUUGCAAAUCUGUCAGUACACCAACACCUAUGCAACUGAACAUGGACUGCAGAAACCAAGUGUGUUCCAGAGUUGGUAUGAACUAAGCCCUGACGAAUUCUACAGAUUCUGUGGACUUAUCAUGUAUGCUGGCAUUGUUUAGGUCCCCAACAUUGAGCGAUUCUGGUCAACCAAAUCUCUAUACAAUGGACUUUGGGCAAGAGCCUUUAUGUCACGUGACAGAUUCAAGGCAAUAAUGUGUUUUAUUAAAGUGUCAAAUCCACUUACAGAGGAUCCCAAUGAUAAACUCUGUAAAGUGAGAAUGUUAACGACAUACAU